GGGUUAAUCAGUCAGCCCUGUCACUGCAGAGUUGGGUUUUGUUUUUUUUGUUGCGUUGGUAGGGGCUUGCUGGGGUUUCACUGCUGAGUUCUGAUAGUGAUCGGAUUCUUGUUGUUUUCUGUUGGGCUGCACUCAAAUUUCAACAUGAAACUUGAGAACAUUUUGUUAUGGAACUUGAUGGCUGCAGUAAUCGUCUUGGGUCAAGCAAGGCCAAAUGGGAAGCUCAAUUCGCAGUCAAACAGUGGUCUAAGGUCAGACUGUGCGGGUAAUCUCAUGAGACUGUCGUUGGACAAGGCUCUAGCUGUGGGGAACCAGCUUGAAGUGGAAGCAAUCAAUGGCACACAGCACAUUGUGCUAACACCCAGCCUGGCUGCUCAGUGUGGAUACAGCAUGGAGUCUGACCCGUGGGGUAACACCAGAAUCUACACGUCUCUGAUGUCCUGCUAUGUGGACAACAAAGAAGAUACAACAUUCAAUAUUGGCCUGAGACUCAAAAUGCACGGCCAGAGUCCAUCAGACAUGGUCAGUCAUGAUGUGAUGCAGACAUGCAGCUACACUCGGUGGGCCUCCAAGGAGAUUCUCUGUGACAGGAACUACAUGGAAGUGUCAAACCACAUGGCUAUACCAGUUCAACAAGCUGAAGCUAAGGGGCACAUUCAGGAAGAGGACUCAAAGCUCAAUGCCAUUCCUGACGCAUCUGGUGAGGCACACGGUAUCUGGAAGAUGACAUUUUACACCCCAGAGCCAGUGUCAAUGGUGCUGAGGGAGGCUGAGCAAGCUGGUUACGGUGCCAUGACGACGUCAAGCCGCCUGGUUAUGAGAAGCCCGUAUAAUACAGCAGAGACUUAUUCAGAGGACGUGGCUGGAAUCCCAAUGGAAGUUUUCAAAGUGAGCACUUACCACAAGACGCCACAUGGUCUGACUAUGGUGAACUUGGCAGCUGCAUGCCCUACAGGUGGCGUCCUCUUCACCAAGGACGUAAUCUCGUGGCAUGUGCCUCGCCGUGUGACACCUCUGCUGGACGGUGGCCAUAAAAUCACAGAAAUGCACAUGGGCAUCAACGGGCAGAAGCUGGAUAAAUCUCAGAUGGCCAUGCGGGGGUACACACUCACUACCACAGACUUCCACAUCAUCACUGAGAUCCCAGUGGGCUCGCCUGAUGGCUACUUCAAGAGCCAUGCCCCAGAUUACCAGUACCACAUCACAUACUCUGUGGAGCCCAUGCUUGAGGUACUGUGGAGGAUUGACAACUCCAAGGAAGACACCAGAUACAAGGUUUUGUUUCCCAUUACCACCCCUCUGAUGCCACGACCUCCCCACAGCCAAGACCAUACUGUCCCAGAGGAGCGGGUGUUCAGUGUUCAUGUGGGAACCUUCCUUCAUGAUGUGGAGCUGAGGAACAUCACCUUCUCAACCGGGGUUCUCACUAUUGAGGAGAGCAGGGCCAGGGGUUUCACCGUCCAGGAGCAUAGCUUCCCCAACGGCACAAAGAGCUUCUCUCUGCAAGUGCCAAUUGAUGCCGACGUUGUCCUGAAACAUAAUCCUGAACCCUUGGUUACAACCUACUUCCUCCCUCUGGUCUUCGGGUUCAUCAUCCUGCCCGAAGAGAUGCCAUUCGCUCACCCAGUGGAUGUGGAAACUUCUCUGCAGGACGUUGUGUUACCUACUGUCACAGGCACCUGUGACCAGAACCAGUUUUACAUCAGCGUGACAUAUGGAAGUCAAGGCAGCAAUUUCCAGACCAUUGUUGGCCCCCGACAGCUCUCGCCUGAAAUGGCUAAUGCCUAUAAUUUCCAAGAAAAUGCCACACACUUCAGCCUCAUAGUGCCAUACAAUGCCAUUGACACAGCAUUUGAGCUAAUAACCUCAGACUCCAUCAAAGCCAGACUUGACUUGCUUCUAUAUGAGCCAAACAACAACUGGGUGCUGGCUGAUCUCUACCUGGCCUGCAACUUCCCCCUGACAACAACUGCUUGCUACCCCAAUGGAACAAUAGCAGCUUGGGCUGUGAAGGUGGAGUCGGUGCCUAAUCUCAUCCCAAGUUGGCUGACACUAAAGGACCAGUCCUGCAAACCUAUGUUCAGCGAUGAUCGUUUUGCAUAUUUCUCUUUCAGUGCCGACUCCUGUGGGACCACAAGAACAUUCUUUGACAACUACAUGAUGUAUGAAAAUGAGAUCAGCUUGUAUUCCAACAAUCGCAAGGGAGCAGCCUACACAUCACCUAUAGACCCGGAUUACAGGCAAACCAUUUCCUGCUACUAUGUGGUCAAUGACACUCAGACCAUUUCCUUCAGCUAUAAGCCAAUAAGCAGUGAGCCCACCGCAGAAAUCGGUUCAGGACAGCUGAUGGUGCAAAUGAGGCUAGCUCAAGAUGCAUCCUACGAACUCUUCUACCAAGCAGAAGAUUACCCAGUCAUGAAAUAUUUGCGGCAGCCUCUAUACUUUGAGGUGGAGCUGAUGCAGUCAACUGACCCACAGUUGGAGCUCAUCUUGGAGAACUGCUGGGCCACCCUUCAGGAGGACAGAACCUCUCUGCCGAGUUGGGACAUCCUUGUGGACAGUUGCCAGAACCAGGAUGACAGUUACGUGACCAUCUUCCAUCCUGUUACAAGUGACACCAGGGUUGCAGUCCCGUCACACAUCAAGCGCUUCUCUAUAAAGAUGUUCACCUUCACCAAAGAUGAAGAGGUUCUGAAAGAUGAGAUUUAUGUCCACUGUGAUGCAGUGAUUUGUGAUAUGAGCAACCAGGCAGACGGAGUAUGCAGAGGCCAGUGUGUGCAUCCUACAGGCAUGAGUAACUCAAGGCAUCAAAGGAUAAAAGAAGUGAGAAUGGAACGAAGUGCUGACUCCACCCAUCAAAGGCAUAUCUCCACUGGACCCAUUCUUCUAAACACUCAGUGAAACCUGUGAAUAAAGUUUCUUAAAACAUU